UCAUUAUCUUCUCUCUGCAGACCAGACCUCGCUGUCUCCAGAAAUCCUGCAGACCCGUGGCCAUCCUGCGAGAUUUACGUCGGCCCCUGCCUUGCAGAGACGGACCAACCGACACCAGAGGGGAGAUGAAGCCGGAUGGGGUUGCCACGGCAGCGCAUGAGCCAAUGGAAACACUGGAACCCAACCCGGUGAAUGAGGGCAGAUGGACUGGAGGGCAACCAGGCCGACAGCCCGGUGACGGAGGAGGUGUCACAGCCCACCAUAGAAGAGACGGGGGACGCAAAGCCAAACCAGGCUAAGGAGACCCCCGCUAAGACUGGCACAAGACUACAGGAGACCCCAAAGCCAAGACUACCAACAAGGCCCCGUCAACAAGACAAACCCGGCACCGACGGCCCCAAGUAAGACCUCAACCGGGUCCAAGACCAACACAACCCAGAGCCGCCUCUCAAACGGCACGACUAAGCCCCAGACUAACGGCGUAGCGAAGUAAACCCGCCCCUGCCGUAGUUAAAAAGACCACCCACCCACCACAAGCCGCUGUCAAAAAACCAACAGGCACGACCCCGUCCCCGGCCCUGAAGAGCAAAGUGGGUGAGAAGAAACCCACGGGGGCGUCACCCGCCACCCAACGGAGUGAAGUCGAUUACCGGAACAACCGCGGCCAAGAGGCCAGCGCCCGCUCCCGCUAACAGUGUCAAAACCAGCAGCACCACCGCGGCCCCCGCUAAGAAGCCCCUAGCUCCUAAGACUGCCUCUGCAACUCCCACCAAGCCCCCUGUUUCCAAGACAACAAGGACUCCAACCGGCACGCCUGCAUCAUCUCGCCCUGCCACAGGCCCCACCCGGACCCCCACCUCCAGCACAGCCAAGAGCUCCCCAGCUACUCCCAAAACUACCACCCCGAAAACCUCCUCCACCACCACCGCCAAGCCUGCGGCCUCCAGACUAACCUCCACUACCCCCUCUGGUGGCAAGCCUCCGGCAUCACAGACAUCCAGGACCACAACCCCUGUGAAGAAAGAUGUUACCAAACCUGCUGCUUCAGCAUCCAAAAAGCCAUCAGACUCCCCCCUCACCCGCCCCCCCAUCACAAAGUCGGCCAAACCUGAGGCCCCCAAAUCCGCCUCGAAAUCAGACGUCCCAGCCAAAAAGCCUGCAGCCAGUAAGGACACAAAGACGCCCACCCGGCCUAAAACUGAGAGUAAGCCAACUCCUUCCAAGGCUCCUGGCUUGAAAACAUCCAAGACCCCCGCCCCCAAGAAAACAGUGGGCAGCAGCACCCCGACUCCAGUGAAGCGCGGCCCCAAAGCGGUGUCUGAAGCAGCGCCGGAGAAAGAGAUAGCUGCUGCUGUAGCCGCCGCCGCAGCUAUCGCCACUGCUGCUGCUGUCAUAGCCGGGCCAGAGGGACCAGAACCAGCUGCUGCUGAGGAACCACAGCUGAUGUCCAGCCAGGCCGAAGCGGUACAAGAAAAAACUCCAGAACCUACACCAGAGCCUGUGAGGGAACUUACACCAGAGCCUGUGAGGGAACCUACACCAGAGCCUGUGAGGGAACCUACACCAGAGCCUAUGAGGGAACCUACACCAGAGCCUAUAAGGGAACCUACACCAGAGCCUAUGAGGGAACCUACACCAGAGCCUAUAAGGGAACCUACACCAGAGCCUAUAAGGGAACCUACACCAGAGCCUAUGAGGGAACCUACACCAGAGCCUGAACCAGAAUCAUUCCAAGUGCGAGAAACAUCUCCAGAGCCCCUCCCAGAACCCCUGUCAGACGCAGAACUUGGAGCCGCCUCUGUCGAUCAGUUGUCGGCUGAUCUAGACCGCUUUAAAUUCUCCGAGUCUGCUAAAGACACCUCCCUGGGAACCACCGUCAUGUCUCCUCCUUCCUCUCCUCUGUGCCCGGCCUCCUCUCUGCUGGACAUGCAGGUCCAGGCUGAUCCCUGGGACCGGAACCAGGACAUGGCUGCGUCUCACUUUGCUCCCCAGAGCCUCGUCUACACAGAGGAGGAAAAUGAGAAUAAGGACCAGUUUGAGACACAGCAGACAAGGGAUGAGGAGGAUGAGGAGGAAGAGGAGGAGGAAGAGGAGGAGAAGGAGAACCUGUUCAUGCCUUCCUCCAAAGCUCCAUCUACGGGGGCCUUCAACCUGAUGGCACAGCCUCAGAUGGAUGACCUGCUCUCCCCCCAUGAGAAGGAGGCAGUUGAAAAGGCUGACGAGGAGAUAAACGAGGAUGAUGAUGAGGAGGAUGACGAAGAUGAGGAGCAGAGGCGACUGGGCCACCUGCCUUCCCCCCUGGGCACCGACAUGAGCACGUCUCAGCCCUCCGAGGAGUUUGCUGUGCGUCCCUCUGCCUUCGGGGGGUCUGCGGGUUGGCACGGCGACGACCUGCUGUCCGGGCUGGACUCGGAGGACGUGAGCAGCUGCAGCCGGCCGGCCGGCGAGUCGGACCUGAGCAGCACGCAGCACACGGCCCUGCUGGAGGGCACGCAGAGCUCCGACGCCCUGGUGGACUCCAGCCUACGAGGGUCAGAGGGAGACGGGAACCUUCAUGGGAUCCCCCAACGUGGAGACCCUCGCCAACGAGGAGGAGGAAGACGAGGAGGAUGAGGAGCGGGUGGACGACAUGGACCUGAGCUCUGAGAGAGUGGAGGAGCAUCACAAAGGGUUUCCAGCCACA